AUUACUUCUUUUAAAUAUAAUUCCAUAAAUAUUGUAUCAUUAUGACCCAUUGAUUGUUCGUUAGUAUUUUGCAGAACAUGUUUGUUUUUACUGGGAUCAAAAAGAUGAUAGAUUAUCGAGAUCCUCUUAUAUACGCAUAUGACUUUUUCUUAUGUAGUAAAACUAACCAAUAAGAUAUGAUCCAAUUACUUGAUUUCAAUUGGUUAAUUUCACUCACUCAAUUUAUGGCGUUUCUAUAAACGGAUGCAUAUAAUUACUAGUACAUAUUUAUCAUUUGUUCUAUCUUAAUAAAUCAAACAAUUAUUAUUUUGGUCGGUGAAAAGAACAUACAAUAUGACUGGAUCUACGAAACCGGAUCUUGAUCGUUUAGGUUAUUUUAGAGAAAUGUCUUAUGUUACAAUUGGAGAUCCAUAUACUGAUCUAGGAAAAUUCGUUUUCAAUGAAGAUUCUUGUAAAGGUAGACAACUAUAUGGGAUUAGUACGAAAUCAAAAUGUGGUUUAAACGAUGGAUAUUUUAGUCCAUAUAAUCGAUUAUUUAUUGGUGAAUCAUAUACAGAUAUGACAAAAAUCAAGCAUGAAGAACGUUUGAAAGAAAAAAUUAAAGAAGGUGCAAAAGCAUUUCUUCCAUCUUCUGGUCCUAAACAACUUAUUGGAUCUGGAAAUUAUUGGGGUACAUUUUCAGAACCAAUUCCAUAUUUCCGUAAUGAAUUUAUUAAAUCAACUAAAUCAUCUGAUGGAAAAAAUUUUUACACCUCACCAUCUAAAAAAGGUGCUGGAUCUAGUUAUCCUAAUGUAACAAUUGGAAAAUUACCUGCUUAUGUUUCAGAACCAUAUUUAGAUAAUAUAAAUAAAACUAACAAAGAUAAUAAAAAUGCAAUACUAAGUCGUAAAAACUUUAUUCAAUGUGGAAAUAUUGACUACUUUGGUCCAGAUCCAUAUAAACAACAACAAGGUAUUGUCAAAAAACCUUUAAAACCUAUAACAAUACAAACGAAAAGAAUUACAAUUCCAUUUAGACCAUCUAAUCCAGGUAAAGAACCAGGUGGUUACAAAGCUGGUACAUUUAAUCCAUUUCCUAAUUAUAUAUCUGAACCAUAUAUUGAUCCUUAUAAACUAAUAAAUUCACAUAGAGAUGCUAAAGUGUUUAUUCCAUCAUCUGGACCUAAAUCUGCUCGAUUUGAUUCAAUAUUAACAAGAAAUGUAAAUAAAACUAUAAAUUCAUCUAAUUAUGACACUGUUAAAUCUGUAAUUUAUUCAUGAAAUAUUUAAGAAAGAAAAUAUUGUGAUUUAUGAAUGUUAAAUGUAUGUUCC